ACCAACAAACACACACAAACAGAGACACCUGUACACACACACAGACAUGUACAUACACACACACACACACACACACACACACAGAAACAUGUACACACACACACACAUACAGACACAUGUAUACACACACAGGCACGUACAGACACGCAUACACACAGAUACAUGUACAUACACAGAAAUACACACGCACAGACACAUGUACACACAGACACAUGUACGUACAUAUACACAAACACACAAACACAUGUACACACACACACACACAGACACAUGUACACACACACAUACAUGUACAUACACGCAGACACAUGUACACAUGUACAAUUGUACAUGCAUACACAGACACACACACACAGACACCACCACCCUCCUCCCAUAAAAAGUUGCAGUACUUCGUUGUUCACUCACAGAUCCGGGUACUGCACUCUAGGGGGAGGCAGAGAGCACAGCACACACUCCUUGCUUUGCUUUCACUGUGCUCAGCUAUUGAGCAGUCUGAUGGUUCCCAGUGCCAAUGACAGAUCCGGACUGAGCUCCGAGCCUGCUCAGCAAGACGGCCCUGGGGGACACACUCGCCCCCACCACAAUUUCCACUCGCCAUUGGCGAGUAAGCGAGUGGAAAUUUCAAGC